AAUCGGGGGAACAAUGUCAAUGCGUUGACAUUGAAGGUUAAAUGCCGGCAAUGGCAGUCAGUCGGCUGUGGAAUUUCCGUGCGCGCGCAACCAGCAUCCGUUCCUGUGAGCCAACAAACCAACCAACAACCAGCGGCCCCACAUCGUCAUGUCGCCACCACGUCACAUUUUGAAACUCAGCCUCGAGGAGCAGCGGCAGUUCAUCGAUUCCUUCGACCUGGUGAUCAGCGACUGCGAUGGCGUCGUCUGGCUGCUGGUCGGCUGGAUUCCCAACACCGGAGCCGCCGUCAAUGCCUUGAAAGCGGCCGGCAAGCAGAUCAAGUUCGUGUCGAACAACAGCUUCCGGUCCGAGGAGGGUUACAUGGAGAUGUUUCGGCACAUUGGCGCCAAGAACGUCCAGGAGGACGACAUCGUUCAUCCGGUGAAGACCAUUGUCAGGUACCUGAAGAAGCACAAGCCGGGCGAGCGGGUUUUCUCCCUCAUGUCCUUGGAAGCAAACGAAACGUUGCGUAAGCACAACAUCGAGUUUGAGUCGCUGCAAGUCAAGGAGCACCUGACGGCCGCGUCGCUGGUGGAUCACCUGGCCAUUGAGAAGCCCGUGGGAGCAGUGCUGUUCGACAUCCACCUGGACCUCUCGUACGUGGAGCUGGCGAAGGCCAUCAGGCACCUGCAGGAGAACGACGACUGCCAGUUGAUAGCCGGCGGCAGCGAUGUCAUCAUGCCACUGGCGGCGAACCUCAAUGUGGCCGGGUUCUUUGACUUCCUGGAGCACGUUAAGCGCUACACACAACGCGAGGCCACGUUCCUGGGCAAGCCGUCGCCCAUUUUGGGCGAGAUGUUUGGCGAAAUGUUCGAGAUUCGGGACUGCAAGCGCUGCAUCUUCAUCGGGGACACCCUGGUGCAGGAUGUGCAGUUCGGCAAGGCCUGCGGCUUCCAAUCCCUGCUGGUACUUAGCGGCUGUCUGACCAAGGAGGACAUGCUGAACGCCCCGGUGGAAGCCCAGCCGGACUACUAUGCUGAUAGCUUGGCGGACUUCACGCAGCUGCUUGAAAAUAUUCAGAAAUAGGUUAGGAAUCGCGUAUCGCAGGGAUAUUACGAGCAACGUGCUACCUGAAAUCAGCUAUUAACUGGAGAGAAAGUAGUGUGUUCCUAAAUCGGAAACCGAUCCACCGCAGUGUUAUAUGUUUUGUUAUUGCUUAUUCAAUAUAGCUAAUUGUAACCGUUGUUGAUUUGUAAAGUUUAUAAAUGUUUACUAUGAAACUGAUGAAUUUCAAUUAAUCCGAA